UUCUCUCAUCGAUCAGCUUCACACUCAAAAGAAAAAAGAAAGCUAUAGCUAGCUUCAGGAUGGAGACUUUCAAGGACUUUUCCAUCAUUUUCCUAGGCCUUUUCCUUCUCAUUUGUUCUGCAUUGUCCUUAGCAAAUGCAGAAGUUCAACAACAUCAAUUUGUCAUCCAAGCAACACCAGUGAAGAGGCUGUGCAAGACUCACAGCAGCAUCACUGUCAAUGGCAUGUUCCCGGGGCCGACCCUGGAGGUCAAGAAUGGAGACACCCUUGAAGUUAAAGUUAUCAACAAAGCUAGAUAUAAUGUCACCAUUCACUGGCAUGGCGUUAGGCAAAUGAGAACCGGAUGGGCAGAUGGACCGGAAUUUGUGACUCAGUGCCCCAUCAGACCUGGAGGAAGUUACACCUACAGGUUCACAAUCCAAGGACAAGAAGGAACAUUGUGGUGGCAUGCUCACAGUUCAUGGCUUAGAGCCACUGUUUAUGGAGCUCUGAUCAUCCGUCCGAGAGAAGGAGAAUCCUACCCUUUCCCUAAACCCCAGCGCGAAACACCGAUCCUACUAGGUGAAUGGUGGGAUGCAAACCCCAUUGAUGUUGUGAGGGAAGCAACAAGGACAGGAGCAGCUCCAAAUGUCUCUGAUGCAUAUACCAUCAAUGCUCAACCUGGUGACCUCUACAAAUGCUCCAGCAAAGACACUACGAUUGUUCCCAUAGAUUCUGGCGAGACAAACCUCCUAAGAGUCAUCAACGCCGCCCUGAACCAACCGCUUUUCUUCACAGUGGCCAACCAUAAGCUAACAGUUGUUGGUGCCGAUGCCUCCUAUGUUAAACCCUUCACCACUUCAGUCAUCAUGUUAGGCCCUGGGCAAACCACUGACGUUCUGAUCAGAGGCGACCAGGCACCGUCUCGAUACUACAUGGCAGCCCGCGCCUACCAAAGCGCCCAAAACGCACCCUUCGACAACACUACCACCACAGCCAUUCUUGAAUACAAGUCUGCCCCUUGCCCUGCCAAAAAAGGCCUCGCACCCAAACCAAUUAUGCCUUCUCUGCCGGCCUACAAUGACACCAACACUGUCACAGCCUUCAGCCGAAGCUUUAGGAGUCCCCAAAAAGUUGAAGUUCCAACUGAUAUUGACGAAAGCCUCUUCUUCACGGUUGGUCUAGGACUCAACAACUGCCCACCAAAUUUCCACAGGAGUCGUUGUCAAGGACCAAACGGUACACGUUUCACUGCCAGCAUGAACAAUGUCUCAUUCGUGCUCCCGGGAAACUUCUCCCUGUUGCAAGCUCACCAACAAGGCAUUCCAGGAGUAUUCACCACAGAUUUUCCAGGAACCCCUCCAGUGAAAUUUGAUUACACUGGAAACGUGAGCCAAUCUCUCUUCCAGCCUGCUACAGGAACUAAGCUGUACAAAUUGAAGUAUGGUUCAAAGGUACAAAUAGUGAUUCAAGACACAAGCAUUGUCACCCCUGAGAACCACCCAAUUCAUCUUCACGGAUACGAUUUCUACAUCAUCGCAGAAGGCUUUGGAAACUUCAAUCCUCAAAAAGAUACUUCUAAAUUCAAUCUUGUUGAUCCACCUCUCAGGAACACAGUUGGAGUGCCUGUGAAUGGAUGGGCAGUCAUUAGAUUCGUUGCGGAUAAUCCAGGUGUCUGGCUAAUGCACUGUCACUUGGAUGUUCACAUUACUUGGGGUCUGGCCAUGGCCUUCUUGGUUGAGAAUGGACUUGGAGAAUUGCAGACUCUCCAAGCACCACCACCAGAUUUGCCUAUAUGUUAGGAUUCAUCAGUUCUCCAGAAACACUACAAUUAAUUGAAACUCAUAGGCUCAAUAAGAAGGGUUAAUUACCUUCUUUCUUCUUAUUUUUUUUUUCUUGUCAUAUUCUUAGUAUACAAAUUCAGGGUUAUUUUCCCUGCAUCUGGGGACUAGUUUAUCCUCUGUUUCAUUGUUUUCUUUGAGUUAGAUAAAGCGGGUGUUAAGUAGGAGAUGGUGCUGUGGUUGAAACUUUCGAGUACCAUCUGAAUUUAGCUUUGCACCCGCCAUGUUUUCCUGAUUCCGGGUUGUAUUCUUUUCCCUACAGUUAA